UCGUUGAUCGGUUCAUCAAUAUUUCCGGAGUAGUAUAAAUGAUUUUCUUCAGUUAUCGGACCGUUAGUAAAGCAGCGUUCGCCUGUCGUGCACUUGCUGUCUUGUCACAAAGUACCAAAAGUAAAAUGUCGAAUCCAGAAAAUUUCAAAGAAGCCGCUUCUAUCUAUGAAUUUAGUGCUAAAGAUAUCAAAGGAAACGACAUUCCUUUAGAAAAUUAUCGGGGACACGUGUGUAUUAUCGUAAACGUAGCUUCACAGUGUGGUUAUACGAAAAGUAACUAUGCCGAAUUGAACGAACUUUUCGACGAAUAUGGUGAAUCUAAAGGUUUGAAAAUUCUCGCUUUUCCUUGCAAUCAAUUCGCCAACGAGGAACCAGGGGAUAAUGCCACUAUUUGUGAGUUUAUUUCGAGCAAAAACGUGAAAUUUGACGUUUUCCAGAAGGUUAAUGUAAAUGGCAGCGACGCCCAUCCGUUGUGGAAUUAUUUGAAGUACAAACAGGGUGGGACUCUCGGAGAUUUCAUCAAGUGGAAUUUCACUAAAUUCAUCGUAGAUAAAAAUGGAGUACCCGUAGAGAGACAUGGACCCAGUACCAAUCCAAAGGAUCUGGUCAAGUCGCUUGAGAAGUAUUGGUAGUUUUUGUUUUUUUAUAUAUAUAUUUGUUGUAUUGUUAGGUAUCUCUAUAUCAAUUAUUUUUUUGAAAUUGCAAAAAGUUUAGAUUAAAAGAAAUGUUAUGCAAAGUAAUAGAUGUUUUAUUCCGAAUUUCCUAAAACUGUUCAUUUUUUUAACAUCAAAAAUUAGAAAAAUAAAUUUCCUAGAUUUCAUAUAACAAUUUCAAGCAAUCAGAAAUCGUGGAAACAAUUUUUAAAAUUAAUGAGUUAAAUAUUCAAAAUUACAAGAAACCUUCUUAACACGUUGUAUGCCGAAGCGAAUUUUGUGGUGGAGUCGAAGUAAUUCUUCUAAAAAUUUAAGUUUGUUUUUACGUUUUGAGAGUACUUUUUUUUGUUUGGAAAUAUUACAUAUCUCUAUCAAUCUAUGUAGAAA